AUGACGCCCGAGAGGCCCCGGAGCUCAUUGGUACGGGGCCCUGAGUCACCGCGGAAGCACCGAGCUGCAGGUGUCCACACCCGGCACGGCAGCUCGGGCACGGCCAGCGGGGCCGGGGAGGGCCCUGCCACGAUGGUGCUCAGGGCAGAGGGCAGCGUGCCCAGUGACCUGACCCCAGAGGAGUGCCAGGAGCUGGAGAACAUCCGCCGCCGAAAGCAGGAGCUGCUGGCUGACAUACAGCGCCUGAAGGAUGAGAUAGCAGAAGUGACGAAUGAGAUCGAGAACCUGGGCUCCACGGAGGAGAGGAAAAACAUGCAGAGGAACAAGCAGGUGGCCAUGGGCAGGAAGAAGUUCAACAUGGAUCCUAAGAAGGGCAUCCAGUUCCUGAUCGAGAACGACCUGCUGAAGAACACGUGCGAGGACAUUGCGCAGUUCCUGUACAAGGGAGAGGGCCUCAACAAGACAGCCAUCGGCGACUACCUGGGCGAGAGGGAUGAGUUCAACAUCCAAGUCCUGCAUGCCUUUGUGGAGCUGCAUGAAUUCACUGACCUCAACCUUGUGCAGGCUUUGCGGCAGUUCCUGUGGAGCUUCCGGCUGCCAGGGGAGGCACAGAAGAUUGACCGGAUGAUGGAGGCCUUUGCCCAGCGGUACUGCCAGUGCAACCCUGGUGUCUUCCAGUCCACAGACACCUGCUACGUGCUGUCCUUUGCCAUCAUCAUGCUGAACACGAGUCUGCACAAUCCCAAUGUGAAGGACAAGCCCACAGCAGAGCGAUUCAUCGCCAUGAACCGCGGCAUCAAUGAUGGGGGGGACCUGCCUGAGGAGCUGCUCCAGAAUCUGUACGAGAGCAUCAAGAAUGAGCCCUUCAAAAUCCCUGAGGAUGACGGCAAUGACCUCACCCACACCUUCUUCAACCCCGACAGGGAGGGCUGGCUCCUGAAGCUCGGAGGCAGGGUGAAGACGUGGAAGCGGCGCUGGUUCAUCCUGACUGACAACUGCCUUUACUACUUCGAGUACACAACGGAUAAGGAGCCCCGUGGCAUCAUCCCCCUGGAGAACCUGAGCAUCCGUGAGGUGGAGGACUCAAAGAAGCCUAACUGCUUUGAGCUCUACAUCCCUGACAACAAGGACCAGGUGAUCAAGGCCUGCAAGACAGAGGCAGACGGGCGUGUGGUGGAGGGGAACCACACCGUGUACCGCAUCUCUGCCCCCACGCCUGAGGAGAAGGAGGAGUGGAUCAAGUGCAUCAAGGCAGCCAUCAGUCGGGACCCCUUCUACGAGAUGCUGGCUGCCAGGAAGAAGAAGGUCUCCUCCACCAAGAGGCACUAGCAGCCAGACUGGCCCUGUGAGGCCAGCCCCCUGUCAUGGGGGCUUGAGGGGUGGGGGCCACGCUGCACGCUGGCCCUCGAGGCCCAGGGCCCAGCUUCAGCUUAGCUAUUUCUUUACUGUGGGGGGAGGGAAGGGGCAUGGGCAUCUCAGUGACUCUGGCCCCCCAUCACUGCCUCAUCACCUGACAGCAUCUUCACAGGCUCAAGCUGGAACACAGCACCCCUGGGAGCCCUGGUCUCAGCACCAUGGGCACCCUCCCUGCCUCUGACCCCCAGGAAGCCUGUGGCCAUGUGGCACUGGGUCCCCCAGCACCAGUGCUCAGACGCUCUUGGGCUGUUCUGUUGGGAGGGCGAGCAGCUGUUGGUGAGCACCUGGAGGUUUCGGGGUGCCACAGGUGCUGGGGUGCAGCCCCAGGGGGCCCUGCAGAGAUACAGCUCCUGGCCCUCGUUGUAGCGGGCCUGGGUCUGUCCUGGGUGUCCCCACGCUGCUGCCUUGGACCCCCCCAGCGACCCCCUGCACUGGAAUGGUUCCACAGACACAGGAGGGACGAAGGGCAGGGACUGUUGAUGAGCAGUGGCGGCACACAGGGCAGGGAUGUGCCCUCAGCCAGCUGUGGGAGCUGUGGCUUGGGUGUGGCAGCACUCAGUGGCAUUGCCCCGGCCCAUCCUUGUGCCAUGGCCCUCGUGCCAGGGUGGCAUGGUGCCAUGGUGGAGCCUGCCCUUGGGAUGGCUGCUGGGGGGUCUUGCUGGGUGGGGGCUGUGGCCCCACCUCUCUGCCUCACAGUCGCCUGUGUCUUGUCCUGUCCCCCUCCCCACGCACAAUCUGGAGGCGCCUGGAUCAGUAUUAGUCUAUUUAUCAGAGGUGUAAAUACUCCUGUAUAGUUUUCUCCUUGUAGAUUAUUUUGUAUGUGGGUGGUUCAGUGCAGAGGCCUCACAGGAGUGGGGCGGGUGGGCAGGAUUUUUUAUU